AUGCCUCUGCUGGCCCAUAGAGGGCGACGGAGCCUGGAGGCCGGUACCGUCACCUCCCGACGCGGCCGGGCACAUUCCCCCUCCUGGGGACCCACUGGCCUGGCCUAUGCUCACCCGGCGUUGGCCCCGCUGCGCGGCGCCCAGUCCAGAUGCGGCCCGGCUGCUGGAGCGGAGUGGGGAGCGCGGGGGGCAUUAGCCGCCCCUGGGCGCGCAGAGCCGAAUCUCAGCAGCGCUUCGCCGGCUCUGCGCCCAGCAUGGCCCGGCCGGCCCCGCCCGCCGCCCGGCCCCGCCCGCCAGCGGCGCUCCUCCCCCGCCCGCCUCCAGCAGCCCAAACUGGCUGCGCCGGGCGGCAACACCGCCUCCUGCGCCUCCACAGCCGCCGCCGGUGAGCGGCAGAACCAGCGGCGUAGCGCAGCCCCAGCGCGCCCGAUGCCGCCAGGCCCAGCCUGCCCAACUCGCGCGACGGCCUCGGGCGAGGCCCCGCACGGCACUCUGGGAGUUGUAGUUCGUGCCGCGCGGUCCCGCCCGGCCGCGGAGGCACGCCCAGGACCCGGAAGAGAGAGAUAUUUUAUGGUCACAGUAACCUUUAUAAAGUUCAGAAGACUUGCAGACCUGAGCACCUGUCACCUCUGCUUCUGGGACAACAGUAAACUUGACAUCGCGAUUACUGUAUAGGAAUCCUUUCCCAUCCGGGGUAUCUUGUAAGCAACUUGGCACACCUGGUGGUACAAAGGGCACGGACCUGGAGACCUGCACGCAACUUUGGCCUGUGAUGGCUCUGGACUCUGUAGCAAACCAACCUCUAAGUCAGUGACAAUAUUUGUCAUGCCACCUGCUGAGCUCGGGGCCAUUGGCCAGCUUCCCAGCCUUGUGUCACUCUGGGCCUCUGCAAACUUGGUUCCUUGAUUAUCAAACAUGUUGAGCAUCCACAGUUGCCUCUAGUCUUUGAAUAGAUCCCUUGAUCCCUUAAUCCCUUAG